GAAUGGAAAACUGAUUUGCUGUCUAUUUAUGUGUUCCACGUGGUCAAUGAUGCUCUUGCAGAUCUAAUAUUUUUCGCAUCAAAACUAGAGCACUGCAUCGUUUCACUUUGCGUGUGUGUGCGCGGUGAGGAGGGCUUCUUAAGUUGCCCGGAGAGAUGCUUUUCACGGUUCACAGUCGAAUGGGAGCGCUUGCCUGAGAGGCGGGACUGUCCGUGACCCGGUUAGACGUAAAACAGUCGAGACUGUCUCCGUCGCUUCAGUUUGGGGGAAAUCUCCGUCUCCCGUGGAAGCCACUAUGUCGGACUGCAGAAGGCAGUGGAAUCGGGAGGAUGAGCUGCCGGUUUACCUGGCCGGGCCGAUCACCACCGGGCCGAACCAGCGGAAAUCCUACGGCAUGUUCAGCUCCGUGGAGGGGGCGUUUGAGAGCAAGACCAUAGACUUCGAUAACUACGCGGUGGGAAGAAAGGGGAGCCGCACCCCGAGGAGUGGAAGUCAGGAGAGGGUCUUGGAUACCGGUGAGCAAAUCGGCAAGACGUCCAGCAACGCCCGGGAGGGGUCACUGACCAACUCCCCUGGGGAGACGGAUGAUGGUCACCAAGAGAUUGAAGUCAGAUACUCAUCGGCUAGGCCAAGUGCAAAUGGAGAGAGUGAACAGCUGUUGAUCAAAGGUGGACGGGUAGUGAAUGAUGACCAGUCUUUCUUUGCAGACGUCUACAUUGAAGAAGGCCUCAUCAAGCAGGUGGGGGAGAAUCUGGUUGUUCCUGGAGGAGUCAAGGUGAUCGAGGCUAAUGGUGGCAUGGUGAUACCAGGUGGGAUAGAUGUCAACACCUGCCUGAUGAAGCCCUUCCUGGGCACACAGCCUGUUGAUGAUUUCUUCCAGGGUACCAAGGCUGCACUUAGUGGGGGCACCACUAUGAUCAUCGACCAUGUAACGCCACAGCCAGGUGAAAGCCUGCUGGAGGCUUUUGAGAGAUGGCAGGAGGCUGCAGAUAAGAAAGCUUGCUGUGAUUACUCCCUACAUGUCGACAUCCCCCAGUGGAACGAGACCGUAAAAGAUGAGUUAGAGCUGCUGGUGCAGGAGAAAGGAAUCAACUCCUUUCAGGUGUACAUGGCUUAUAAAGAUGUGUACCAGAUGACAGAUUCUCAGCUGUACGAGGCUUUGUCCUUCUUGAAGCAGCUGGGUGCUGUAGCCCUAGUUCAUGCUGAAAAUGGAGAUCUGAUUGCUCAGGAACAGAGUAAAAUCCUUGGGAUGGGAAUCACUGGACCUGAAGGUCAUCCUCUGAGUCGGCCUGAAGAGCUGGAGGCUGAGGCGGUGUUUCGGGCUAUCACCCUUGGUAACCGUGUGAACUGUCCUGUCUACAUUAGCAAGGUGAUGAGUAAGAGUGCAGCUGACACUAUCACCCAAGCCAGGAGAAAAGGUUCCAUAGUUUUUGGGGAGCCAAUCACUGCUGGUCUUGCCACUGAUGGCUCUCACUAUUGGAGCAAGAAUUGGGCCAAAGCAGCUGCUUAUGUGACUUCUCCACCUCUGAGUCCUGACCCAACAACCCCUGAUCAUCUCCACACACUUCUGGCCUGUGGGGACCUUCAGGUGGUGGGCAGUGCUCAUUGCGCGUACAGCACAUCCCAGAAAGCAAUUGGUAAAGAUGACUUCACACUGAUACCAGAGGGAACCAAUGGAGUAGAAGAAAGAAUGGGUUUUGUCUGGGAUAAGGCAGUGGCCAUGGGGAAAAUGGAUGAGAACCAGUUUGUGGCAGUCACAUCUACCAACGCUGCCAAAAUCUUCAAUCUGUACCCACGCAAGGGCCGGAUAGCAGUGGGCUCUGAUGCUGAUAUUGUUAUUUGGGACCCCGACAGCAUCAAAACAAUCACUGCUAAACUCCAGCAGUCGGCCGCAGAAUACAACAUCUUUGAGGGUCUGGAGUGCCGCGGGGGUCCGGUGCUGGUUUUGAGUCAAGGUCGGGUGGUUUAUGAGGAAGGCAAGCUGCAGGCUCAGCAAGGCACUGGUCGAUUCAUUCCACGCAAACCUUUCCCAGAUUAUGCUUACCAGCGUAUACGGUUCAGGAACCAGGUGAAGAGCAAGCAGGGUGUUACUCGUGGGUCAUAUGAUGGCCCUGUGUAUGAUGUUGCUCCUACACCCAAGUAUAUUACUCCAGCUCCAUCAGCUAAAACUUCACCCACUUCACACCAACCACCACCUAUACGCAAUCUCCACCAGUCCAACUUCAGCCUUUCAGGGGCACAGAUUGAUGACAAUGUCCCCCGUCGGUCUGGCCACCGCAUUGUAGCACCCCCUGGUGGUCGCUCCAACAUCACCAGCCUUGGUUGAACACUUGACAGUGCACAAAGUGUGUUUGUUGUGGGGUUUCACCUCUUUAGUGUGUGUGAGUGUAUGUGUAUGACUGAGAGUGUGAGCACACAGGUAUGGAUGAGUACCUUUGUAUUUUUUGGUACAAUGGUAACACGCUCUUUUAGAUCAUUAUGAGUUUAUCAAUUUGCCUUGAGUCCAUGGUCACUGAGGAGAAGCACACUUAAACCUUCAACACAAGACGUGUAAUUUACAACUAUAUGAGAAACUCACAGUCCCACCAUUGGGGCACUCUCUCUCGUUCUCUCUCUCACACACACAGAUCUGGUGUUUGACCCCCCUCCAAGCACCCACAUGUGAUCCAGUGUUAUGUCGUACUGUUACCUCCUUUUCCAUGAGCAUGACUUCUUCUUCUUCUUCCUCACAUCCUUCGUCUUACUGUAUGGGUCUGCUCAGACAUGGUGCUCCUUUCCACCUACCCUGUGGACAGAUGAAGAAAUAACAUUUUUCUCCUUCCUUUCAUUUUCAGUAUUUUUGCAAUACUUGUUUUCUACGUGGCUCAAGUGGAUGGGUUACACAUUUUGCAUGGACAUGUUUUUAGAUGUUACACUGCUUGCAGUUCACUGUUAAAAUGGAGGAACACCAAAAUUGUAAACAAAGCACAUUAUUCAACAGCACAACUCUGUUCUUAUAUUGGUAAAUGUCUGCUUUGAGCACAUGAUGUACACUGUGCACAGAGCCACUGUCACCAGGGUUAAAAUAGUUUCAUUUUAGUAUUACUGUGAAAUUCAAUAAAAGCAAUGCAACUUCCUCUGCACCACCACGUACUAUAUGCAAACAUGUCUAUAAUCAGUGUGAACUAAAUAAAGUAGAGCAGCUAAAACAAAAACUUUUGAUCUGCAAAAUGAAUUUCUAGAUUGCUGUACCUGCCGGAUAGAGUUUCAUAAUGAAGUAUUUAUGAUGUGUGUGAUAGUUUUCUGCCAAUCACUCAUGCAGAAGUAGAUCUCUGUUGCAAUGACACGCUCACCUCACUGCUGUAAAUGACGUCAGUACCUACUGCUUUUUGAAACUAUACGAACAACCUUUUUCAGCAGUUUUAUUUUCUAUUUAAUUGGUUCAGGGUGUUUUCUUGAUAAUAGUACAUUUAAUGUUUUUACGCAGCUUUGUUUUUGUUGCUAUUGUCUGGUGUCUCCAGUGGAACCACAAAGAUCAAUAAAAGACUUGACUGUUGUCGAAAAUGAUCUUAAA